GUUCGCGGGGCCGCACCCGGUGCUCGAGGGGCUGAUGGCGGCCCCCGGGCGGGGGGGCUCCCCCCCGCGCGCCGCCGCGGCCCCCCCGCGCUUGCAGCCGCGCUGGAAGCGGGUCCUGGGCUGGUCGGGGCCGGUGCCGCGGCCGCGCCAUGGCCACCGCGCCGUGGCCAUAAAGGAGCUGAUCGUGGUGUUCGGGGGGGGCAACGAGGGCAUCGUGGAUGAGCUGCACGUCUACAACACCGCCACCAACCAAUGGUUCAUCCCGGCCGUGCGCGGGGACAUCCCCCCCGGCUGCGCCGCCUACGGCUUCGUCUGCGACGGGACCCGGCUCCUGGUGUUCGGCGGCAUGGUGGAGUACGGCAAGUACAGCAACGACCUCUAUGAGCUGCAGGCGAGCCGCUGGGAAUGGAAGCGCCUGAAGGCGAAGACCCCCAAGAACGGGCCCCCCCCGUGCCCGCGCCUGGGCCACAGCUUCUCGCUGGUGGGCAACAAGUGCUACCUGUUCGGGGGGCUGGCCAACGACAGCGAGGACCCCAAGAACAACAUCCCCCGGUACCUGAAUGACCUGUACGUGCUGGAGCUGCGCGCCGGCUCCGGGGUGCUGGCCUGGGACAUCCCCAUCACCUACGGGGUGCUGCCGCCGCCGCGCGAGUCCCACACGGCCGUGGUGUACACGGAGCGCGCGGCGCGGCGCUCGCGCCUCGUCAUCUACGGCGGCAUGAGCGGCUGCCGCCUGGGAGACCUCUGGACACUGGACAUCGAGACGCUGACGUGGAACAAGCCCAGCCUCAGCGGGGUGGCCCCGUUACCGCGCAGCCUCCACUCAGCCACCACCAUCGGCAACAAGAUGUACGUGUUUGGGGGCUGGGUGCCCCUUGUCAUGGACGACGUGAAGGUGGCGACGCACGAGAAGGAGUGGAAGUGCACAAACACGCUGGCCUGCCUCAACCUGGACUCCAUGGCCUGGGAGCCAAUCGUCAUGGACACGCUGGAGGACAACGUGCCGCGGGCGCGCGCCGGGCACUGCGCCGUGGCCAUCGCCACCCGGCUCUACAUCUGGAGCGGGCGGGACGGGUACCGCAAGGCCUGGAACAACCAGGUCUGCUGCAAGGACCUCUGGUACCUGGAGACCGAGCGCCCCCCCGCUCCGGCUCGGGUGCAGCUGGUCCGCGCCAACACCACGUCGCUGGAGGUGAGCUGGGGCGCGGUGCCCACGGCCGACUCCUACCUGCUGCAGCUGCAGCGCUACGAGCUGCCCGCCGCGCCCGCGCCCGCGCCCGUGCCCUCCGUGCCCGCCAACCCCCCCAAGAGCCCCGCGCCCGCCGCCGCCGCCCCGGGGCCGCCCGCGGUGCUGCCCGCAGGGAACCCGGCCCCCGCCGGAGCCGCCGCCGGCGCGGGGGGAGCGGCGGCCAGAGCCACCGGUGUGCCGGCGGUGCUGAAGGUGACCGGCCCCCCCGCGGCGGCAGCCGGCGCCCCCCUGGUGACGGUGCGCUCGGCCGGGCCCCCCGGCAAGGCCCCGGUGACGGUGACGUCCCUGCCCGGCGUGCGCAUGGUGGUGCCGGGCCAGAGUCCCCAGGGCACGGUGCUGGGCAGCUCCCCCCAGCUCACCGGCAUGGCCGCCCUGGCCGCCGCUGCCGCCGCCACGCAGAAGAUCCCCCCCGCGGCGCCCGCGGUGCUGAGCGUCCCCCCCGGCGCCACCAUCGUCAAGACGGUGGCCGUGACCCCCGGCACCCCCUCGCUGCCACCCAGCGUCAAGGUGGCCUCGGCCCCCGUCAUGGUGACCAACCCGGCCACGCGGAUGCUGAAGACGGCGGCGGCGCAGGUGGGGACGUCGGGGGGGGCCGCGGCCACCAACCCCCCCCCCGCGCGCCCCAUCAUCACCGUGCACAAGUCGGGCGCGGUGACGGUGGCGCAGCACCAGGCCCAGGUGGUGACCACCGUGGUGGGGGGGGUCACCAAGACCAUCACCCUGGUCAAGAGCCCCAUCUCCGUGCCGGGGGGCAGCGCCCUGAUCUCCAACCUGGGCAAGGUGAUGUCCGUGGUGCAGACGAAGCCGGUGCAGAGCUCGGCCGUCACCGGGCAGGCGUCCACCGGCCCCGUCACCCAGAUCAUCCAGACCAAGGGCCCGCUGCCGGCGGGCACCAUCCUCAAGCUGGUGACGUCCGGCGAUGGGAAGCCCACGACGCUGCUGAGCACGAGCCAGGCCGGCGCCGCCGCGGCCAAGCCCACGCUGCUGGGCAUCAGCAGCGUCUCCCCCAGCACCACCAAGCCCGGCACCACCACCAUCAUCAAGACCAUCCCCAUGUCGGCCAUCAUCACCCAGGCGGGGGCCACCGGUGUCACCAGCAGCCCCGGCAUCAAGUCCCCCAUCACCAUCAUCACCACCAAGGUGAUGACGUCGGGCACGGGCACCCCGGCCAAGAUCAUCACCGCGGUGCCCAAGCUGGGCACCGGGCACGGCCAGCAAGGGGUGACGCAGGUGGUCCUCAAGGGCGCCCCGGGGCAGCCGGGCACCAUCCUGCGCACGGUGCCCAUGGGGGGGGUCCGCCUGGUGACCCCCGUCACCGUCUCUGCCGUCAAGCCCACGGUCACCACGCUGGUGGUGAAGGGCACCACCGGUGUCACCACGCUGGGCACGGUGACGGGGACGGUGUCCACCAGCCUGGCGGGCGCGGGGGGGCACAGUGCCACGGCCUCGCUUGCCACCCCCAUCACCACGCUGGGCACCAUCGCGACGCUGUCGAGCCAGGUCCUGAACCCCGCCGCCAUCACCGUGUCCGCGGCACAGAGCACGGUGACGGCCACCGGCGCGCUCGGCACCCCCACCAUCACCAUGCAGCCCGUGGCCCCCCCCACCCAAGUGACGCUGAUCACGGCCCCCGGGGGGGUUGAGGCGCAGCCGGUGCCCGACCUCCCUGUGUCCAUCCUGGCAUCGCCCACGGCCGAGCAACCGGCACCAGGCGGCACCGAGCCCGACCCCGGCACCGUGACCCUGGUGUGCUCCAACCCCCCCUGCGAGACCCACGACACCGGAACCACCAACACCGCCACCACCACCAUGGCCACGGGGCCGUGCUCUAAUCCCCCUUGUGAGACCCACGACACCGGCACCACCAACACCGCCACUACCACCAUGGCAAUGGGACCCUGCUCCAACCCCCCCUGUGAGACCCAUGAGACCGGCACCACCAACACCGCCACCACCACCAUGGCAGCGGGGCCCUGCUCCAACCCCCCUUGUGAGACCCAUGAGACCGGCACCACCAACACUGCCACCACCACCAUGGCAGCGGGACCCUGCUCCAACCCCCCUUGUGAGACCCAUGAGACCGGCACCACCAACACCGCCACCACCACCAUGGCAGCGGGGCCCUGCUCCAACCCCCCUUGUGAGACCCAUGAGACCGGCACCACCAACACUGCUACCACCACCAUGGCAGCGGGGCCCUGCUCCAACCCCCUUGUGAGACCCAUGAGACCGGCACCACCAACACCGCCACCACCACCAUGGCAAUGGGACCCUGCUCCAACCACCCCUUGUGAGACCCAUGAGACCGGCACCACCAACACCGCCACCACCACCAUGGCGGCGGGGUCCUGCUCCAACCCCCCUUGUGAGACCCAUGAGACCGGCACCACCAACACGGCCACCACCACCAUGGCCACGGGGCCCUGCUCCGACCCCCAGCAUGAGAUGGGGACGACCACCACGGCCACCACCACCGUGGUCACUGCGUCCCAGCCGUGUUCCACCGCAUCCUGUGAGCCCCAUGGGUCCGGCACCACCAGCAGCACCAUCAUGGCUGUGGCAUCGCAGCCCUGCUCCAAUCCCCCCUGCGAGACCCACGAGACCGGCACCACCAACACGGUGACCACCACCGCGUCCCGGCUCUGCUCCAACCCCCCUGCGAGGCGCACGGCACUGGCACCACCACCACCACCACCACCACCAUGGCGGUGGGGCCCUGCUCCAGCCCCCCCUGCGAGGCGCACGGCACCGCACCACCGGCACCAGCCCCGGCUCCCCCCCCCCAGCGCCACCGCGGUGACAGGGACAGUGCCCGAGGGGCCCCCCCCUGCCUGCUCCAACCCCCCCUGUGAGACCCAUGAGACCGGGACGACCCCCACGGCCACCACGGUCACCGCCGCCAUCGGCACCAACCCAGAACCCCCCCCAGCGGCCGCCAAUGGACAAGGGGAGUCGGAGCCACCCCCCCUGCCCCGCGCCGUCACCAUCACCGCGGCCACACCGGUGCCAGCACCCGCCCUGCCGAGCAUCUCCUCGCUGACGGAGCCCCCCCCGGACCCCCCCCAGCGGGGCCCCCCCGCGCCCCCCCCGGGCUCCCCGGAGCCCUUGGCCGUGGUGGUGCUGCCGGGGGGGGCCGAGGGCGGCGGCGGGGGGGGGGGCGGCGGCGGCGCUGCCCCCGGAGCUGCUGGGGGGGGCGCGGGGGCGCUCGUGGUGCCGGGGCUCAGCCCCGAGGAGCUGGCGGUGACGGCGGCCGCAGAGGCGGCGGCGGCGGCGGCCACCGAGGAGGCCCAGGCCCAGGCCCAGGCCCAGGCGCUGGCGCUCCAGGCGGUGCUGCAGGCGGCCCAGCACGCGGUGCUGGGCACGGCGGAGCCCCUGGACAGCGGCGCGGAGCCCGGGGGGGCCCCCCCCGAGCUGGGGGUGCCCGAGGGCGCGGGGGGGCCCAUCCCCAUUGUGCUGACUCAGCAGGACCUGGCGGCGCUGGUGCAGCAGCAGCAGCAGCAGCAGCUCGAGGCCGCCCCCCCGGCACCCCCCCGGCGCCGCCGCCCCCCCCGGCCCCCCCCCAGCUCCACCGAGGCCUUGGCCCCCGCCGACAGCCUCAACGACCCCCCCGGCACCGACAGCAAUGGACUGGGAGAGGUGGGGGCCGCCAGCGGAGCCCCCAGCGACGGUGAGCCUGGCCCCCCCCAGCGCCUUCGUGCCCCCCCGCCCGUGGUGGGCACCAGCCCGGCCAAGCUGCAGGCGGCCGCGGCCCUGGCAGAGGUGGCCAAUGGCAUCGAGAGCGUCUCCGUGAAGCAGGAGCCGCCCCCCCCGAAGGCGCUGCUCAAGAAGGAGAACCAAUGGUUCGACGUGGGCGUCAUCAAGGGCACCUCCAUGAUGGUGACGCACUACUUCCUGCCCCCCGAGGACGCGCCGCCACCGACGUGCGACGAGGCCGGGGGCGUCCCGGACCAUUCCCAGCUGCGGCGCCAGGAGCUGCAGCCGGGCACCGCGUACAAGUUCCGCGUGGCCGGGGUGAACGUGUGCGGCCGCGGCGCCUUCUCCGAGCUGGCGGCCUUCAAAACCUGCCUGCCCGGGUACCCGGGCGCGCCCUGCGCCAUCCGCAUCAGCAAGAGCCCGGACGGGGCGCACCUGACGUGGGAGCCGCCGUCCGUGACGUCCGGGCGCAUCCUGGAGUACUCGGUUUACCUGGCGAUCGCCGGCGGCGCGGCCGAGCCCCGGGGGGGCUCCGGUGCCGGUGCCGCGGGGGGGGGCGGGGGCCCGGCCCCGCUCGCCUUCAUGCGGGUCUAUUGCGGGCCCAGCCCCUCCUGCCUGGUGCCCGCCGGCAGCUUGGCCACGGCGCACAUCGACCACAGCACCAAACCCGCCAUCAUCUUCCGCAUCGCCGCCCGCAACGACAAGGGCUACGGCCCCGCCACGCAGGUGCGGUGGCUGCAGGAGUCCAGCAAGGACGGAGCCGGGGCCAAACCCGCCAGCAAGCGCCCGCUGUCUUCCCCCGACCUGAAAUCCGCUCCAAAGAAGCCGAAGGCCGAAGGGCAGUGAAGGACCCCGCGGGCCCCUGCCCCAUAGUGGGGGGGGGGAGGGACCGGAGGCCGCUGUGGGGCUCAGGCUCCGCUGUGGGGCAGGAGGGGGG